AAUGUCAACAGCGGCAUUGUUUUGCUAGCGCUAACACUCAACACUGAUCAUCAAAUGGGCGAUAUAGCUGGCUAAACAGUUAUUACUAGAUAUAAAGUCGGUCCUUAUUUGAUUUUAAGGAAGUAGAUUCACAUGAAUGAAUUCCUGGGCGCCAACUGAAUCAUAGCGGAGCAGGAAACAACAUAUAAGGCAGCUAACGGUUAGCAAAGCAGCGAACAAUGGAGACAAAGUUACCUACCUUGAGGAGACCGAAGAAAAAACUGUGCUACCUUACAAACAAGGAAAGUCCAACUAAAAAAGUGGAAGGGCUGCUGACAAUGGAAGACAUUGAUCGGAUGUUUGAUGACUUGGAUCCACCCUGCGAUGACUCGUUACCCUCAUCUUCUCGGUGCAUGACCUUUAAUGUUGAGGCAAAGCAGAGUGAGAGGGAGGCUUCAACAGGCCCACACAAAGGGAAACUAAUGGGAACAAUUCCAAAAGGUCACAUGCGUCCCAAAGGAGAUGAAAUACACCCCUCAAGGUCACCCAGUCCUAAACUAGUCAUCGAUCAGGACAUCCCAUUCGAAGCACAUAUGCCAGCGAAGACAUCCAGCCCUAUUGAAACAAAUAUGGCUGUCAAAGGGCUCGACAUUGAAAAAGGCCGAGCUGUGUCUCCACUUCUGUUUGCCUGUGAGGAUGAGGGAGACGCAAAGACUCCACCCAAUGGACACGUCACAGAGGAAAGAAGUAUGGACUUUGAGUUUGAGACCCCUCCAUGCAAGGUGGUACUAAGCAGACUUAAGAUGUCCAGUCAGCAAAACAAGGUGGAGGAAGCAUGUAAAGAGACUCAAACUCUCAGUAAAAACCCAGCGCAGAAACCUCAAACACCUGUUGUGGAGGUCCAAAGAAAAACACCAAGGAUAGAAAUGGUAGCCCCCCCCGCAGCAGCAGUGGGACGAGAGCCUGAACUCGCAGCUCCUGAGAAAACCAUUGAAACUGUUCCCGAGCAGCCGUUAGUGGAGCCCGCCUGCGUGCAAAAAAACAUUGUGGCUUUUAUUCAGAAGCUCAGAGAACGCACACUGUCCAAACCUGCAUGUACGAGGAAGUCUGCAUCCCCCGUGAAAGUAUCCACUCCUCCUCCUGAACCAGAGGAUGAAUUCCUGAUUCUGGAGGACGACGCUGCUCCUUUUUGGUUUUCCAUCCGGAGUAAAACUGCCAAGAAACAGAAACGGAGUGGAACGACGAGCAUCGACAAAGGCAGCGUGACAGAUAAAAGCACGAAGGGAAGCUCACCUGAAGAGACGGAGAGAAAACCAAGAUGGCCCAGUGUCAAAUGGAAGACGAAGAAAACUAAAGAGAAGAAGAACGAGGUGACAGAGGCUGAUCGUGCUGAGGAGGAAGUGGAACUACCCGGUCCUGAGGAGCCUCCUGAGGACUCGAUAGACGAGAAGAAGCCAAACAACAAGAAGAAACAACGACUGAAGAAGGUACCGCCUGAAGACAGCGACGAGGAAGAGGAGCCGCCGAAAACAAGCAAGGAAACACGGGAAGAUGAACCCGCUGUGAGAAUAGAUAAGAAAGCUCUUAACUCAAAGACUUUAAAAGAUGCCAAGACGAGCAGAGCUAAGCCGAUGAAGAGGGGCAAAAAAGUGCCGCAGGGAUCUGAUGGAGAAACGUACGAGGCUUCAAAGAAACAAGGUCCGAGCAGCGAGGAAGUGGGGGCUACAGACCUGGGGGCUCUUUCAGACGAAGAAAUCAUGAAUCCCGAAGCACAAACACGAGAGGAUUCAGCAGAUGAUAAAAGGGAUAAAAAUAUCAAACUACCCGUGGUGUCUGGUGACGACAGUUUGAUUCUGGCAAGGAGGAGGAGGAGGCCUCCUGGAGAGUGGUGGAUGCAUCAGAGCCCAGAAGAAACGACAGGUAAAUGCAACCAGCCGCCAGUGAAGGAGGCAACACGGCAAACACACAGAGCCAAGCGCAGCAGCAGCAGCAGCAGCAGCAGCAGCAGCAGCAGCAGCUUCACCUGUUGGUGA